UGCGCGUGCGCUAAUGCGGCCCAGCCGGAGCUUCAGACCCCAGUCGAGAAAGAUUGUAACCAUCCCUGUUGGAGGCCCCAGCAGUGCUCCAGCCAGGUGCUGUAAGGCCGGUGAUGCUUCUGCGCUACUUGGUUCAUUUCAUGCACAGUAACAGAAGAGCUUUCCUGAAAUUGCUAUUACCAUACCUGCCUGUCGCCUUGCCAAGACCUGAGGCUGCGAAAACCUCAGGGACUUCUUUCAGUUCUCACAGAAACCUCCUGCACCCUUGCGAUGGCGCAAAGGGACUGUUUCUUACUCUUAGUCUGAAUGAGUGCCAAGAAGGAAGGCAAAGGUAGAGCAAUUGGAUCUCUGGCUAUCCCGGUAGCUUCUGAUCUCAGACUUUAUUAAACCCCUUUCUGGGCCUAAGGACAAAGCUCACAUGAACAAAUGAUUUUGAGUCAUGAAUGAAAAAUCUUGCUCUUUCCAUAAUGAGAAAGAAUUAAGAGUUGGACAGGGCGAAAGAGUGUCUGCUGGGCAUUCUGCAUCAUAUGACAAGAACAACAGUGCUCUUUCCACCUUCAGAGGAAUUCCUAUCUCGGAGUUGAAGAACCACAGAAAUCUCCCGGCCCUGACCACAGAAGCUAAUGGAUGGGAGCCAGUUGUGAGUACAGAGGUGCUCAGAGCCCAAGAAGAAUGGGAAGCUGUGGAGACCAUCCAGCCACAGACAGAGAGCCGGGCCAGCUCUGCACAGGCUGGGCAGCUAAUCUCCUUCAGUGAGGCCCUGCAGCACUUCCAGACUGUGGACCUCUCCUCCUUCAAGAAAAGAAUCCAGCCAACUAUUCGAAGGACUGGGCUCGCCGCUCUCCGGCACUUCCUCUUUGGGCCUCCAAAGCUCCACCAGGGCCUUUGGGAAGAAAGGGACUUCUUGCUGACCAUUGCUCAGUGUGGCCUGGAUAGCCAAGACCCAAUGCACGGCCGAGUCCUCCAGACCAUCUACAAGAAGCUGACCGGCUCCAAGUUUGACUGCGCCCUCCACGGAGACCACUGGGAGGACCUGGGCUUUCAGGGAGCAAAUCCAGCCACAGACCUGAGAGGGGCAGGCUUCCUCGCCCUCCUGCACCUGCUCUACCUGGUGAUGGACUCAAAGACCUUGCUGAUGGCGCAGGAGAUUUUCCGCUUGUCUCGUCACGACAUCCAGCAAUUCCCUUUCUGUUUGAUGUCUGUGAACAUCACCCGCAUCGCCAUCCAGGCCUUGAGAGAGGAGUGUCUCUCCAGGGAGUGUAAUCGGCAGCAGAAGGUCAUCCCAGUAGUGAACAGCUUCUACGCUGCCACUUUCCUCCACCUCGCACACGUCUGGAGGACGCAGCAGAAGACCAUCUCAGACUCAGGCUUUGUCCUCAAAGACUUGGAAGUGUUAGCCAAGAAGAGCCCGCGGCGGCUGCUCAAGACACUGGAGAUCUACUUGGCUGGGGUGUCAAAGGGACAGGCCUCCUUGUUGGGGGCAAAGAAGUGCUGUGGGCCACAAGCCCCUUACUCCAAGGACCUCACCUUCACAGGUGUCUGUGACCUGCAGUCUCACUCAUCCGAAGGCACGUGGCUGAUCUGACUGUCCCAGAGACUGACUGAUAGAAAGACCUAAAGGCUGGGCUGCACCCAGAGGUGCAUGGCCAACCAUGUUAGGAGCACCCUGGCUGAGCCAGGCCCCUUCCUGUCUCAGCAGGUGGGAUGUAGGAAGUUCUUGGGCCAAGUACCCUCCCCUCACUGCCGUGAGGCAUUGGAACAGGUAGGUUUUUCCCACACCCUGCAGACCUGCCUCCAGAGCAAAGAGAAUCUCAUCUUAGUCUCACCUGGGCUGCAGUCUACAGGGUUGAGUUCCAGGUUAUUUCAAUGGGAGUGAAUGGAUCAUGAGGUGGGACAGCCCCAUGUGGAUAUUCUGUACAUGCCCACGUGGGAAGGAGAUGCCCAAGUAGAGGGAGCCAUAAUUCUGACUCCCUGGCAGCAGGGCUCUGGGCCAGGCGUCUGUGCAGUUAGGCCUGGAAGGAGGGAGACAGCAGCGCAGCAGCCGACAGGGGGCAGCAUGACCUAGAGCAAGCUGCCUGGGACCUCAGCUGGGGGGAAGGGCUUCCUCUCCUCCAUCCACCAGGCCGGUCAGGACUCCUAGGGGUUUCUGGCCUUUCACUUACCCUACCCUCUUCUUCCCAGUCCCCCCCUCCAUUGUUUGUCUUCUAGAAAUGGGCAUUUGGCUAGGCAUGUCCCCUGGCUGCCCCAUCCUAACCGUCCAUAAGUUGGGACUUCCUUCUGUAGAGGCUGCGCACAUCCCAUGAUGGUUUUCUGGCCUGGCUGAGGGAAAGA